AUGUCUUCGCGCCACAACAGUUUGGGAAUGAGGUCUCGUUCCCACGGAGCGGCUAAACAUCAAGCUACAAGUACAGCUUCAUUACGGCGUCAGAGGACCGCUACAGAGUCGCCUGCUCCAGAUGCGAUAACAACGUCCACAUCAGCUACAGCGUCGAGCCAGCUACAGAAAUCAAUUUCGGGCGAGAACAUCAAAGUGGUGGUUCGAAGUCGGACGCGAAACGAGCGGGAAAAGAACCAGAACUCGGAGGUGGUGGUGGACGCGUGUGAAGCGGAUGCUACAGUCACUGUGAACGAUAACCAGCGCCAAAAGACGUUCACAGUGGACCAGGUUUAUGGCCCCGAGUCGGACCAGAACAUGGUGUAUGAUGGAGUGGUGGCCCCGGUGCUGCAACAUGUGAUGGACGGUAUCAACUGUACGAUAUUCGCCUACGGUCAGACAGGAACAGGCAAAACAUACACCAUGGUGGGAGAUGUGGAGGGCCAGAGUGACGUGGGCGGAUUGUCGCAUGAGGCCGGAAUCAUUCCCCGUGUUAUUCAUUCAUUAUUCAGACGUCUGGAGAUUGAGGGGCUGGACUACGCCGUCAAAUGCACCUUUCUGGAGCUCUACAAUGAAGAUAUCAGAGACUUGAACGAUACCACGGAGAAACCCAAGACGGUGAAGCUAUUUGUGGAACGUGAUGGAGUCAAGGUGGAUGGUUUGGACGAGGUGUAUCUCAAUUCCAGUGCACAGGGUCUCCACGUUCUCAGAGAAGGUCUCAGACGAAGACACGUUGCUGCCACGCAAAUGAACGAUCAUUCCAGUCGGUCACAUAUGGUUUUCACACUCACUCUGAGUAUCAUGGUGCCGGGAUCUAUGGAGGUUGCUCGAACUGCUAAAAUCAAUCUCGUGGACCUUGCAGGUUCGGAAAGUAUCAAAAACUCAGGGGCAGUCAACAAACAGGCCGUGGAGGCUGGAAAGAUCAACAAGAGCCUGUUGACCCUUGGAAGAGUCAUCAACGCUCUUGUUGACAAAGCCCAGCAUGUUCCUUAUCGAGAUUCUAACCUCACUCGUCUUCUUUACGACUCUCUUGGAGGAGGGACGCGCACAUACAUUAUUGCGACCGUUUCUCCCGCGCGUGUGAAUCUUGAGGAGACUGUCAACACUCUGGAGUACGCUUCUAGAGCCAAAAACAUCAAAAACAAGCCCCAGAUGAACCACAUUCAAAAGCGCAUCUUACUCAAGGAGUUCACGGUGCUCAACGAAAAGCUGCGCUCGGAUCUGCUGGCUGCUCAGAAGAACAAUGGAUUCCAGAUAGCAGAGGCAAACUACCGGGCCAUGGAGGCUGAAUUAGCUUCGUUACGCACUCAGACAGCCGAACAGCAGCGAAAGCUGGAUGUUUUUGACGGCCAGAUGAAACGCACGCGUGACGACGCGGAAAAGUCGCAGGUGUGUUAUCUCGAGGCUAAACGGGAGCUGGACAGCGAAAAGUCCAAAACCAAACAGGCCCAGAGUGCCCAUGAGACCCUCAAGAGCAGUAUGGCGCUUAUGGCCAAUCAGACAUAUGGACAUGUCUCUUCCAUGCGGUCUUCCCAGCAGCAGUUUGAGAACGCGCUGAUGGAGAAGCUCGCGUCUUCUUCCAAGAUCCAGGUGAGCAGUCUGGAGAGUGUUUCUUCGUCGAUAAAGCACUCGUUGGCCAACUUGGGCGACCAGUUUAAGAGUGUUCUCGUUACUCAGAACCAGAGUGCGACGACGACAGGUGAAAUUGUGGCUGGAAUCGAGAAGGUCAAAGAGGAGCUUGCAGGCAGGGUUGCUGCUGGCCUGGAGGAGGCCGCAAAGAGUUGGGAGAAGGGUAUGGUGGGUCUGCAAAACGAAAUGAGGGGCUUCUCAAAGCAAGUGAGUGACAGCACGGGCAAGAUCUCCAUGUAUUUGGAAGACGCGUUCAAGGAGCUCAAUGGAGGAGUUGAUCGACAGGUCACGGCGUUUGACGACAAGCAGUCUAUUGCCGAGUCCGAGCUGGCUUCUCUGGUUCGACUUCUGGCAUCUGAGAACCAAAAACUCUCUGAAAAACUCAAGGCCCAUCAACACCAUGAGAAGCAGUCGCGUCAGGAACUGGUCAAUGAUGUUUCCAGAUUGAUCAUAUCCUGGGGACAAACUCAGGACCACUCUUCAUCAGAGCUGUUUGGAUUGCUUGACCAAAAGGUGCAACUGGAGAAGAAACAGGCAGCUGCUGUGGGCUCCGCAUUGUACGAUAGCCGAUGCACCGUCAGUUCCAACUACAAUGCCUUUAAAGAUACUAUGGGCUCUGCUCGACGGUCUCUUUUGGCUUCUUGUGCUGCUGCCAAGACUGCUUCCGAUAGCAGUGGGCUCUCUCACAGUGCGUCUGAGUUGACAGCGGAGGCCAAGAUGGCUCUUGAAGAGCGACAGCAGGCUCUUGUUGGCCAGCUGAGUGCUCUGUCUGAGGCCGUGGCCAAGGCCCGACUCGAAACCGAUCAUGCCCAGAGUGCUGUUCCAGAUGCCCUGGCCAACUUGCAGACUUCGACUCAAGCUAGUCUGAACGGUCUGUUGGCUACUCUUGUCACUCCUAGUUCUCAAGCUAAGGACAUUGAUGGUGUUUUGCAUGUGGUGGACCCCUUCAAGCGGUCUAUUCAGCAGUCUGAUAAUGAGCUGGAGACUUGCGUGAGAGAGAUGUUGACGACGUGUGGAGAGAGUGUUCCUGAGACGUUAUCGUCUGAUCAGCCAACAGCAUUACCUCUUAUGCAAUACACACAGCCACCACCAGUCAAAGCCACCAGAUCAACCUCAGUUCCUGCUAUUAUUGUGCCUGCAUCUGUCAACGAAUCUCCUCGAAGAAAACGAUCGUAUGGCCAGUUGGACGACAAGGAGAACGAGCUGCCAGAGAAGGGUCUGGCUCAGAAGACUGCGUCGUUGCAACUGGGCCCAACCGAGCCGCCGCAAGGUCAGAGGCAGAAAAGCAUUCCCAGGUUGGUGCCUCCGAGGAAGUAUAGAAAGCAGUAG